AUGAGAACUCUUCUUCUAGGCUCCUUAUACCGGAAAAAACGACAAGAUGAUCUCAGGAAAAAACUUUUAAUUGUUACAAAAUUGUGUAUAUAUGUUUAUUUAUUAUUUUUGUUCUCUUAUUCGUCUUUUAAGGAACUUGGAGUAUGGAGUGUGGAUUAUAUACCCCGAGGGACGAGGUUUGGACCGUUGAUCGGUGACAUUAUUGGCAGUAGUGAAUAUGUCUACGAUAUUAGAGAUCUGAAGAAAAUAUGGCGGAUAUACAAACAUGGCGUCCAGCAAUCAGUCGAUGUAAGCCGUGAAUCUCACAGUAACUGGAUGCGUUACGUGAACUUCGCCUUCAGUACGCGUCAACAGAAUUUGGUAGCUUGCCAGAUCGGUACUGACAUUUAUUUCUAUACAAUCAAGACGGUUCCUCCUGAUACCGAACUACUGGUAUGGUUCUGUGAAGACUAUGGAGAGCGGAUACAUCGAAGUAUGUGUUCUUCAUUGAUGAUCCGUGGCCACUAUCAGCAUGAAACGACAACUAUUCUAUCAGGUAACACGAAACCAAAUGGAACAUCAAGUUUUCGUCCAUUAAGUUCGUCUGAAAGAAGAAUGAUACCUUUUUCAAUAAUUGAUGAAAAACCAAUGAUUCGGGAUCAAACAGAACCGCUGAUUACUAGUUCGAUACGGAAACAAUCUGAAGAAGAUAUAAUUGAUUACAGUGUUCAUAAAAACUACGAUAUCUUAUCACGAGCCUCUGCUUUUCAUUUGGGUUCCAGGCGCACACACGUUCCGGAAAAAGCAUUCAAUGGUCCACCAGCUUUACAUUGUCUGUCAGAACUUACAAACGGUCUGACCACUCCCAAAUCAACUGAACUAUCUAAGCUUCACCAGACGUCUUCUAAAAAUGGAAACCAUAUUUUAAACGAUGAUAUCAUGAUAAAGAGUGCGAGAUCUAGCCCUCUCAUGAACAAUGAGCUUGCUUUAGCUCUAAAAGGCAAAGACUUUAAAUACAUGUUUGAUAAAACAGCUUGUGAUAGCUUUCGUGGUAGCAAAAAUUAUAUAAAGUCAGAAAUUGGGGAGAAAUAUAAAACUGAUAGUACCAUGCCACUUUUAGUGACGCCAUAUAGAUCUCCAACAAUAAUGUCUCCAAACAUUUCUCCAGUCUCAUCGUUCUGGAGUUCUUUCCGACCAGAAAUGGCACAUAAUAAAUUACCAUUUAAGUCAUUCUCCACGUCUAAUCCUAUCUAUUUUCCAAGCCCACCAAUACCGCCAAUUUAUCCGAUACCAAGUAUUUACCAGUAUUCUGGUUUUCAGUGGCAACUCUUCCCUCCGACAGCAUUCCAUCAGACUUCAAUAUCUGGUCAUAAUUCUCCUUCGUCAAUAUCUGGUCCAUUGACCGCUAGCAUCUCAAGUAUUUCUGACCGUCACCAUAUGCACAGGUCAUCUCUACAACCCGAGCAAGUAUUGAACCUUAGCAAACCAAAAAUCGACUCAAGCACAGGGAACAUGAGAGGCUAUCGAUCACUACCAUACCCACUGAAGAAAAAAGACGGUAAGAUGCAUUACGAAUGCAACGUUUGUUAUAAGACAUUUGGACAACUGUCGAAUCUGAAAGUUCAUUUACGCACUCACACGGGUGAACGUCCUUUUGUAUGCCAAACCUGCGGCAAGGGUUUCACACAGCUAGCUCAUCUUCAAAAGCAUCAUCUAGUACAUACUGGCGAAAAACCUCAUGAAUGUCAAUCCUGCGGUAAACGCUUCAGUAGUACAAGUAACCUUAAGACACACAUGAGACUCCACAGUGGAGAAAAACCAUUUCAAUGUAAACUUUGCCCGUCAAAAUUCACACAAUUUGUUCACUUGAAAUUACAUAAAAGAUUGCACACAGAUGAGCGACCUUAUGAAUGCCCCAACUGCAAUCGAAAAUACAUUAGCCCGAGCGGUUUAAAAACACACUGGAAGGCUGGGAAUUGCGUUUCUCCUGAUGGUAUCAGCUUUGAUAUGACAAAAUUGAUUGAUGGCAGUGCAGAUUCUGAGUUUGAUCUUGAUGUUGGAAUUGAUGGUGAAAACGAAUCGGACAUUCAAGAGAAACUGAAUAUAACAGUUCAAUCGCUAGACACCACUGCUGAUAUAUCGAGGGUCAGUGAUGUUGACGAUAACGAGCAUGAUCUAGAAGAAGGCGAACUGAUCAGGGAAGAAAUAGAUCUUGAUGCAGACGAUGAAAUGGGAGAAGAGGAAGACGAGGAAGAAGAAGACGAAGAAGAAGAACUUGAGGAAGAUGAACAUGAAGAAUGUGCAGAUGAAAAUAAAGCAGCCAAUGGCAAUAACACCCUCAAUAAUAAUAAUACUAAUAAUAACAAUGACAAUCCAAACAGGUUGUCUUUCUCAUUGACACCUAUGAAGAAGUUUAGUAGAGAGGGGUACAAUAUAUUUCAAAACCAUAUUCCUUCAGCAUCGCUAAUAUUAAAAGAUAACUGGACAAAUGGAACUAACAAAAUAGAUGAAAAACCGCCAAUAUCCAUUUUUGAAAACAUGGAAACAUGCACAUCUACAACAGACGAAAUUCACUAACUCUCUUAUAUAAUUAAACCCCAUCUAAUUAUUCUUA